UCCAAAGUGAUUCCUCAGGGAAGAAAAGAGCGCAAAUCACCCGAGCAGGAGCUGAGGAGGAGUUGAGCCGUUGUUACCCAGGACUGCCUCUUAAUUGCGCGUAAUCUUCCGUUUCAUUCAUCUGAACAAGAGGGGAAGACUUUGUAAAUAAAGAAACGGAGCUACGGAAGGUGAAACGUGCUUCAUCUCUUCGGUUUUUCGUUUUCUCUGUGGACUGUUUGUUGCAAAAAAAAAAAAAAAACUGACAUUUUGCUCGUGAUUUUGUCAGCUGCACCUUGAUCCGGGGGACUGUCGCCAACUCAGUGCAGCCUCUCAUCCUGCGCUUCCCCUUUCAUCGUUCUCACGCUGUUCAUCUUCACAGCUGCUGCUUCCCCCUCUUUUUCUUCUGGAGUCGCUGACAUGAGGUGCAGCUAACCCUGGAUGCUGACAGCUCCCCUUUUUCCUUCCACAUGUCGCAUCUUUUGUUUACUUUGAGAAACACGCGCAACUAAACGCCAAGUGAAACAGACCACGCCACUUUGCUCUUCUGACAGCGCGAUCAAACAGACACGCGAGAGGAGGGGAGACAGGGGAAAAAAAAAAGGAGGGAGCCAAGGAGAGGAGGAUAGAGAGAGAGGAGAGAGAGUGAGUGAGAGAUAGAGACAGCGUGAAGGUGCGUUUUGAUGUUUGGCAUCCACGAGAGCAUCCAGAGGAGUGGGAGUAGUAUGAAAGAAGAGCCCAUGGUGGCCGGGAUGAACGCGGUUCGGACAUGGAUGCAGGGCGCCGGAGUGCUGGACGCCAACACAGCCGCCCAGAGCGGAGUGGGUCUUGCUCGGGCACACUUCGAGAAACAGCCGCCCUCCAACCUUCGCAAGUCCAACUUCUUCCACUUCGUCCUGGCUUUAUACGACCGACAGGGUCAGCCGGUGGAAAUAGAGAGAACCACUUUCGUCGACUUUGUCGAGAAGGAAAAGGAAAUGACGGGGGAAAAGACCAACAAUGGGAUCCAUUAUAGACUUCAGCUCCUCUACAGUAACGGGAUCAGGACAGAGCAAGACUUGUAUGUUCGUCUCAUUGACUCUAUGACUAAACAGGCCAUUGUUUAUGAGGGCCAGGACAAAAAUCCAGAGAUGUGUCGGGUGCUGCUGACCCAUGAAAUCAUGUGCAGUCGAUGCUGCGAUAAGAAGAGUUGUGGCAACCGCAAUGAGACCCCAUCAGACCCUGUCAUCAUCGACAGGUUCUUCCUCAAGUUCUUCCUGAAGUGUAACCAGAACUGCCUGAAGAACGCAGGGAACCCUCGAGACAUGAGGCGUUUUCAGGUGGUUGUGUCGACUACGGUGAGCGUGGAGGGUCACGUCCUGGCCGUCUCUGACAACAUGUUUGUGCACAAUAACUCGAAACACGGGCGCCGAGCUCGGAGACUGGACCCCUCAGAAGGAACACCAUCCUACCUGGAACACGCAACCCCCAGCAUCAAAGCCAUCAGCCCCAGUGAAGGCUGGACCACAGGGGGCGCAACAGUCAUCAUCAUCGGGGACAACUUCUUUGAUGGCCUACAGGUCAUCUUUGGAACCAUGCUAGUCUGGAGUGAGCUGAUCACCCCCCAUGCCAUCCGUGUGCAGACUCCACCCAGACACAUCCCCGGGGUGGUGGAGGUUACACUCUCCUACAAAUCCAAACAGUUCUGCAAAGGCACACCUGGACGCUUCAUCUACACAGCGCUGAACGAGCCAACCAUAGACUAUGGCUUCCAGAGGUUACAGAAGGUCAUUCCCAGACACCCCGGAGAUCAAGAGAGAUUACCUAAGGAGGUGAUUUUAAAGAGAGCAGCUGACCUGGUGGAGGCCUUGUACGGGAUGCCUCACAAUAACCAGGAGAUGAUUCUGAAGCGAGCAGCGGAUAUCGCAGAGGCCCUCUAUACAACAGUGCCGAGAGGGCACAACCAGCUAGCCAGUCUUGGCAGCAGCUCCGUUCAUGCUGGCAUGAUGGCAGUAAACUCCUUCACCGGGUCAGAGGUGGCACAAACAGCCAAUCAGGGUUUCAGUAGGAGUACAAGCAGUGUGUCCCCUCAUGGUUAUGUCCCCAGCUCCACUCCCCAGCAGAGUAGCUACAGCUCUGUCUCCACUAGCAUGAAUGGCUACGCUAACUCUGGCAUGGCAACCUUGGGCACCUCGCCCAACUUCCUCAAUGGAUCUGCGGGCAACUCGCCCUAUGCUAUCGUCCCAUCCAGCCCGACCAUGGCGUCGUCGACCAGCCUGCCUUCCAACUGCAGCAGCUCCUCCGGCAUCUUCUCCUUCUCUCCAGCCAACAUGGUGUCUGCCGCCGUCAAGCAGAAGAGCGCCUUCGCCCCUGUUGUUCGACCCCAGAAUUCCCCUCCUCCCACGUGCACCAGCGCUAACGCUAACAGCCUGCAAGAUCAGUCUUUUGUGGACUCUAGCAAGUACUCAUCAGCCAGCUCUCUGCAGGGCCUGGCCUUCUCCUGAACAGCGAUUCCCGGGAUGAUCGUUCCACCCAUGUAGAGGAUCUGGGAUAGCUGGAGAUUUGGGAAAGUUGAGAGGAAAAGACACAGUAGCGGAGUCUGGCGAGUCUCUGUUAUGCUCCGGAGCUGAACUGAAGGAAGUCAAGAUAAAGACGCAGGACUCUGUUAAACUCAGGCCUUUCCAUUGGGAUUUCAUCUGAAGGGAUAGGAGAGAAGGAAAAAGGGGACAAUAUGAACCUUUUGUGAUGUUAUUUCCCUCUUGGUUGAAUUAGUGUAGCUUCUCUGACACCAUGUUGGAUGGAGUGUAUAGAGACUGAUAGUUUGCCCACAGUGUGACACUGACCUCAUGAAAAGAGCAUUUAUUUAUCUUUAUGUUUAUGCCUGUAAGGUUUGGGUUUGAUUACUGGAGCGCCCCACGCCGCCUCGCAAUCUGUAACUCGCACAAACAACAGUGAAGUGUUGGUUGGCCAUGAAGUUUACAUAACUUCUGUCACAAAUGAAGAAGCUUUCCUUAGCGCAGCCGCCUCUCUAAAACCACAGAGCAACACAGUGGCCAAGUGGGUGGAAAAAGAA